UUUUCUUGUUUCAGUAAGUCUGGUGUUGAAUGGAAAAUCUGAUAUAGUAGAAGAAACAACAGUAGCAAUUCAUACUGUGUAUCAACCAACAACUUUAAUAAAUGAAUCACACGAAGAAAAACAUAAUACUUCAAAAACCACGAGAAAUAACGUUUCUUCAAUUGCAUACAAUAACCAAACCUCCCACAAUUUUACUUCUAAAAAAUUGGCUGACACACAUUCAAACACAUUUUCUUCCAGUUUAACAUCAGAAACAUUCUACAGAUAUAACUUUACUUACACAACCACUGGGUACCUUGAAACAUUGAAUAAUAAUUCUUUCAAUGAGAAUGAAAAUGAAAAUAAUAACAUGUUCAUACCAUCAUCAUCAUUAACCAAUAAUUCAUACAAUUUCAGUAAACAACCUACUCCAGUUCCAAUGCUUGUUGAGACAGAAAUUCAAAAUAAAGACAUUACAUUAAAUUUAGAAUUUCAAAAUGAGAACAUAACGACCCCAGUCACUUUUAUAAGCAAUGAAAACAAUGAGAUAACUACUAAUGAAGAAAGAGUUACAUCACUUACACAAAAUACAUCAAGACAAAAUGCAUUCACAAUAGAAACGGAAAAUAUAUUAAAUGUCUCUUCUGAAGUGUCAAAAAAUGCGUCGUAUUUAAGUCAUUUUUCAUCAUAUGAUUUAAAUGAAAAUAAUAUUACAACUCCUGAAAUUCUUGAAACAAAUUCUGGUAAAGAUUUGAUAAAUACAGAAAUGACAACAAAUAUACUUUUGAAAAAUACUGAAAAUGUAACUGAAGAAAUUAUUAAUAAUAUACCUUUAUUGCCUACAACCACUGAUAUAAUAAAUACGAUGAACAUGGAAAAUAACACCUUUCAAGAAACAGAAAUUUCCUCACCCAAUCUAUCUACAUUAGCAACUACUAACAUUAACCAUUCAUCUGACGAUUUUGUUGAAACAUCAUCAGUUCCAACAAUAAGCACAAAUAGCACAUCCACCAUGAUCAUUUCAAGUUCUAUAAGAACAAAUAAUUCUUCCUUGAAUAGUUCUCUAGAAAAUAACAAUGUCAACAAACAAGAAGAUCCUAUUUCUAUCAAUCAAUCCUCAAUUACUAAAAAUGAUUCAGAAAGUAAAAUAUCCACUAUCUCAACACAACAAAUCACAGUUGCAGCCCAUAAUGAUAAGCAAAAGGAGAUCAACAAUUUUUCAACUAUAAUUAGAAAUAUAGAUUUCAGAGAAGAAGCAACAACAAUAUCUAACACUCCAAUAUUAUCAAUUACACCCUCAUCAAGUGGAAGCUUAUCUGAUAACUCUGUUCAAAAAACAUCAGAAGUUCCUAUUAAUGAAAAUUAUUCAUUCAAUACAUCCUUUUCACCUUCACCAACAAUUAUACAAGAUCAUCACCAAAAGGAAUUCUUCUUUAAGCACAUAAAUAAUUUAACAGAUUAUCAAAGAAAAAAUAUGACAGUUGACAUCAUUUUCAUAUCUGCAGUGGACAUUGUUGAAUGGUUUCAUUCAUAUGACAGAGUAUUUCGAAACUCAGUAGCAUCUCUUCUUACCCAGGCAAAUGAAAGUGAAUCCAUACCAUCCAUAAAUAUUAUAUAUAUUGCUCCAACACCUCUCAAAAAUGAAAAAUACUUCUGUAUAACUUUUAUGGUUGAAUCAGCUCUCCACAAGAAUACAUAUGAACUUGGAGUACUAGUAGUACAAAAAAUAAAACAGAAUAUAUCAGGUCUAUCAGAUAUGCUUCAUCUUCCAGUUGAGUCAAUUGUAGCUGGGUAUAAUGAAACAGGUAAAUGUCAUAAGUCAUACCACCUCAUGCAAGAGAGAAACUGGGUAAUUAUUGUUGUACUUGGUACAAUAUUGUUUGUAGCAAUUGUAGUCAUCCUGACCAUGUGUAUACAGAAGUCAAGAAUUGGAAAACAAACAUGGGAACAAGAUGAACAGGAAUGGUGUGCCCCUAUUCAUGGUGAAACUGGGAGAUACCGAAGUGGUUAUCAACUGCCCAUAAAUGUACAAAAUUCAUCAAAUAACGUGGUUGACCGUUUUUCCAGAGUGAACCAGAAAGUCUCUUUAAAGGAACAGAAUAAUUCAUUUGUUUCAAAUAAUGGUGUGGAAAAUGUUCUUAUUCAUAAUGAAGAGGAAAACUGUUCUCAAACAACGUGUGGUGAAUGUAAUAAAAUGUUUGUGGAAGACACUAAACUGUGAAUACUAUGUGUGUGCUUUGUGUAUGUAAAAUUACAUCAAUAGUCAAAAGUGAUACAAACCAAAAAUAUGUAGUUAAGAAAACAAGAGAAUUCAAAAUUUAUGUAUGUAUGCAAUCAGAAAUAUUUGCUCUUCUUCAAUAGUAUUUUCUCUAGUAAUGACAUGCAAAUUUCUGUUUUACCUUGAAGGCAAUAGUACUGUAAAGCAUCUCAACUCUAGAUUGUGGUUCAGAGAUAUUUGGAGCUAUCUGUAUCUCUCUCUUGGUUGUCCCACAAGAACCUUCUUGUCUAACAGAGAUAUUACCAUUACAAAGAGAAGAUUAAAAAAUCGCAGUGUUUAAAAGUUACCCAUUUGCAUUGAAGAGUAGUAAUAAAACCACAUUAAAACAUAUUUUUGCAGAUUGACAAACAUUAUAAACAAAUACAAUAAAACAUACUCAAAAUUUUCAUGAAGUGUACUUUACACUCCUGUCAAUAGGUCUACUUAUUCACAUCAUAUUGUCUUAAAAACAUAUCAUGUGACAACGAAAUUUUGUUUUUCAUGUCUAAUAGUGGACAUUGCUUUGUAUAUUUUUUAAUAUUCCCAACAUUGUACUGAAAUUAAAAAAAUAUUCCUAUAACACAAAGAAUUCAUCAAAGCUGCGCAGUUAAAUAAAAAAUACACAUGACAGCAAAGUAAAAUGUGAUUUAAAAUUUUACAUAUUAU